UCUGCGCGAGACCUGCCGCCAGUUCCCGCUGUUCUGCUGCCUCCUGCUGGGGCUCAGCGCCGCCACUGUCCUGCUCAUCCGGUAUCUUCAUAUUUUAAUGAUCUUUUGGUCGUUCGUGGCUGGUGUCGUCACAUUCUAUUGCUCAUUAGGACUAGAUUUUCUCUUCCCAAAUAUUCUUUUUACAGUAAGAUAUAAACCCAAGCAGUUGGAACUGCAGGAACUGUUUCCCCAAGGUCACAGCUGUGCAGUAUGUGGCAAGGUCAAAUGCAAGAGGCACAGACCUGCUUUGGUUCUGGAAAACUACCAGCCGUGGCUGGACCUAAAAGUGCCUUCCAAGGUUGAUGCAUCUCUUUCAGAGGUGCUUGAAUUGGUGCUGGAAAAUUUUGUUUAUCCAUGGUACAGUGAAGUAACAGAUGAUGAGUCCUUCGUAGAUGAACUGAGAGCUACGUUGCGGUUUUUCACAUCUGUAUUAGUUCGCAGAAUUCACAAGGUGGAUAUUCCUUCUGUUAUUACAAAGAAGAUGCUGAAGGCAGCAAUGAAACAUAUAGAAGUGAUAGCCAAAGCCAGACAGAAAGUGCAAAAUGCAGAAUUUUUACAACAGGCUGCUUUAGAAGAAUAUGGACCAGAGCUCCAUGUGGCUUUAAGAAGUCGAAGAGAUGAACUCCACUAUUUAAGGAAGCUUACUGAGAUGCUUUUCCCUUAUAUUUUGCCCCCAAAAGCAAUGGAGUGCAGAUCCCUGACAUUGCUCAUAAGAGAGAUAUUGUCUGGCUCUGUUUUCCUUCCCUCCAUGGACUUCAUAGCUGAUCCGGAUACUGUCAACCAUUUGCUUCUCAUCUUCAUUGAUGAUAGUCCACCGGAGAAAGCAACUGAACCUGCUUCUUCACUGGUUCCAUUUCUGCAAAAAUUUGCAGAGCCUCGAAAUAAAAAAACAUCUGUCCUGAAGUUGGAACUGAAGGAGAUCAGAGAAGAGCAAGAUCUCUUAUUUCGUUUCAUGAACUUCCUCAAACAGGAAGGAGCAGUACAUGUGCUGCAGUUUUGCCUAACUGUAGAGGAAUUCAAUGAUAAAAUUUUAAGACCAGAGCUAACAAAUGCUGAAAAGAAGUCUAUUCAUGAAGAAGUACAGAAAAUCUACAAAACGUACUGUUUGGAAGAAAGUGUUGAUAAAAUUAGAUUUGACCCUUUUAUUGUGGAAGAGAUUCAAAGAAUUGCUGAAGGUCCAUAUGUAGAUGUUGUGAAACUUCAAACUAUGCGAUGCCUUUUUGAAGCAUAUGAACAUGUUCUUUCCCUCUUAGAGAAUUUUUUUGCACCUAUGUUCUGUCAUAGUGAUGAGUAUUUCAGACACCUCUUAAAAGGAGCAGAGUCCCCAGUCCGCAAUUCAAGGACUAAUAGAGGUAGCCUGAGUUUCGAUGAUUUUCGGACCACACAGAAAAGAGGAGAAACAUUUGCAAUAAGCAGAAUAGGCAGCAAAAUUAAAGGUGUAUUCAAGAGUACUACAAUGGAAGGAGCUAUUCUGCCUAACUAUGGGUUAGCUGAAGGAGAAGAUGAUUUUAUUGAAGAAGGAAUUGUGGUUAUGGAAGAUGAUUCUCCUGUGGAGGCCAUUAGUACCCCUAGUACACCUCGUAACCUUGCUGCUUGGAAGAUUAGCAUUCCGUAUGUGGACUUCUUUGAUGAUCCCUCUGUUGAAAGGAGAGAGAGAAAAGAGAGGAUUCCUGUAUUUUGUAUCGAUGUAGAAAGAAACGAUAGAAGGGCAGUUGGGCAUGAGCCUGAACACUGGUCUGUCUAUAGAAGAUACCUUGAAUUUUAUGUGCUUGAGUCUAAGCUAACAGAAUUUCAUGGCACAUUUCCUGAUGCUCAACUUCCUUCAAAGAGAAUCAUUGGCCCAAAGAACUAUGAAUUCUUAAAGUCAAAGAGGGAGGAGUUUCAGGAGUAUCUACAGAAACUGCUUCAGCAUCCAGAGCUGAGUAACAGCCAGCUUUUGGCUGAUUUUCUGUCUCCCAAUGGUGGAGAGACUCAAUUUCUCGAUAAAAUGUUGCCGGAUGUAAAUCUAGGAAAAAUGAUAAAAUCUGUUCCAGGGAAGCUGAUGAAAGAGAAAGGUCAGCAUCUGGAGCCAUUCAUCAUGAACUUCAUUAACUCCUGUGAAUCUCCCAAGCCCAAACCAAGUAGACCAGAACUUACAAUUCUCAGUCCCACUUCUGAAAACAACAAGAAGCUUUUCAAUGAUCUGUUCAAGAACAAUGCAAACCGCUCUGAGAAUACAGAGAGAAGACAAAACCAGAACUACUUUAUGGAGAUGGUGACAGUAGAGGGAGUCUAUGACUACUUAAUGUAUGUUGGUCGAGUUGUUUUCCGGGUUACUGAUUGGCUGCAUCAUCUUUUGAUGGGGGGACGAAUUCUCUUCAAAAACACGUUGGAGAUGUACACGGACUGUUACCUACAGUACAAAUUGGACCAGCUAUUUCAGGAGCACCGGUUGGUCUCAUUGAUAACACUACUAAGAGAUGCUGUUUUUUGUGAAAAUACAGAACCUCGCUCUCUCCACGAUAAACAGAAACGAGCAAAGCAAACCUUUGAAGAAAUGAUGAGAUACAUUCCAGAUUUGAUAUCCAAAUGCAUUGGAGAAGAGGCUAAGUAUGAAGGUAUCAGGCUUCUAUUCGAUGGAAUGCAGCAGCCGGUGCUUAACAAACAGCUGACUUAUGUUCUAUUGGAUAUCGGGAUACAGGAAUUGUUCCCAGAGAUCAAUAAGGUUCAGAAGGAAGCUACCUCUGUAUCAUCUUGGAUGUAGAGGCAGAAUAAUCUACCUAAUCACCUAAUGAAAAUGUUUCUGAUGCACUAAUUUAAUGGUUAUGUGAUAUUUUAAUCUUGCAUUGUAUAUUUGCUUGUAAAUAACGUAAAUUUUAACUUUUGAAGAUCUCUUUACCCAAUAAAGAUGAAUUCAGAUUUAAUACUGAUUUGAAAUUAAAAUGUUUGUCCUGUUACUUAAACUUCUUCUUCCCCUCCGAGGUUUUUGGCCUUCAUGUUUUUGGCUUUCUGUUAGUAUGAACAACUCUUUCUUUAGAAGAAAAGCAUUUUUGCUAAUAGUUGCAAUAUUUAGUUGCAAGUGACCUUGAUGCAUGAAGCACUUUGGAAAGGAUUUGGUAGUGGGGGGGUGGGAAAAAUUGGUGGUGAAAAGUUUCGUUGCUCUUUAUUUGAGAUUGUAAUGUUGGAGAGAUCUUUUUAACCUGCUUGUGAUGGAAAAAAGCAUAUAGGAUUAGAAAAGUGGGGCAGGGGCCUUUAAUUGUUUCUCAAUAGAAUGUGCUUAAGCAAUUUUCCCCAUGUCUUAAUAUGUCUGUCACUUCAAGGUCCUCUCUUCUCCCCUCAAAUCUUAAAUGUGCUUUUCAAGUGGCUCCAGUCCCUGUGUGCGUGAUCUUAAGAAAUCUGCAGCACUGUUUUACUUUAUGUAGUUAUAUUUAUGUAAGCUACAUCUUGCUGGCACUCCUUGGCUGUGUUUUUUUUAAUAUCCAUGCCAAAUUAAAUUUUUCAUUUACAACACUUGAGUACAUAAGAAUUCUUACAGUUUUAGAUUUAAAUCUUUACUAUUUUGACUCAUUUUUAUAACCAUUUAACCUUUACCCUUUCCUUCUCUUCCUACAUCAGUAUGGGUUAACUGCUUCAUUCCUUAUGAUGUCUUCUGCUUGCCUGCCUUGGCAGUACCCCCUGCCCUUUUUCUGUAGCCUAUUUAAAUUACUUUAUUAAACUGUUUAGUUACCCCUGCUCUCUGCAAGUCCAUUCACAGAAUCUGAUCAAGUAGUGAAUGCUUGUUUCUCUGAACCAGUUAUUCUUUAAGGUGCCACCCUGCCCUGCCUUUCUACCUGACUUUAGAUUAACACGGCUAACUGCCUCACAGAUGGUUAUUUUAACUCUGCAGGACAACCUUGCCUUUUUGGGUAACCCAAAAGAUCCAUUAUAAUGGAAGCCAAACAGGUGUGUUGACUCAUGGGUGUAACUUACUGUUCCUGGUAUCCAUGGAGGAGGGACCAUUUCAUUAAUUGGAACAGGUUUUGUACUCAGUCUUUGACCGUCAGGUAACUUUUAUGUAGAAACAAAUUGCUUUCUACAUUUAAAAAAAACAAAAAAAAAAUUGUGAGAAGUUUGUGUAAGGAACUGGGAUAUUACAACACUGAGGUGAUGGUGAAAUCCAAUUUCAGAGAAACAUCCUUCUGUAAUUAUUUGGCACAGCUUUAAACAGCUGAGAAUAAAGCAGAUGCUGGUACCUGUACAGAGUGUGUGGGGAAGGGAUUACAAAACCCUAAUCUGUCAGUGUUCAAACCAAUCUCACAAGAAGGGCUUGAGACUUUUUACGAAGUGUGGAAUAUACCAUACUUGCCUUCUGUGGGGCUCUUGCAUCCUUUUGAGAGAUCUGGUUCUGGAAAUGAUUAGAUUAUGAUGGAUAGUGGGUCUGACUCAGAAAGCUAUUUCUAGGUUUCCAGCCAUAUUUAACAAAAGACAGCCAGUCUCUUUCCCCUGGUCCCUUCCCUUGGAGGAGCAGAAUAUGGGACAAACAAAUAACUUGUUUGAAAUAUGUAUUAAGGUAAACAUGUUGUCUGUAACUUCCUUAUACUUUAAAUAAAGUAUGUCCCUUGCAGCAGAGCUGAUCAUCUGAUACAGUUCCAUAGAGCUUGGGACUUUCCAGUUAAUUUUUGUUGGGAGGUGUCUAUUUUGUAAGUGCACAGAAUUGAUUCCCUCCCCACCCCGCAGUAAUAAUUUGCCACUAUAAUGCUUUAGUGUUGCAUCUUUCAUUAAAGAGCUCCUGUGAGUAACACGCUGAGUGGCUGGGCUCUUACACUGAUGCCUGUAGUUCUGGCUUUCCAGGACUUUAAUGAAGUUUAGCUGGUUUGCAGUUUGCUUAAUAUCUACAACAAUGCAUAGCAUAUGGAAACAUUUUAAUAAAGCCCAAGUUCCAAAUCUGAAUUACCUUAUGUUUUUUUUUCUUUUGCUAAAAUUGUAUUAUAUUGCUGCCAUUUUCAAACCGGUUAAAUUUGUUUGCAGUCAUUUUAUAAGCAGUGUCUGCCCUUUCGGCAGUCUCUUGGUAAAAAGUGUUUGUUAAAUACAAAUGCUUGUUUUGUGCCUGCUAACUCGCUUUCUGCCAAUGCAUGUAAAAACACAAAACCACCCUGUGAGUGAUGGACAGUCUUCCUUAGAGAAAUGCUGUGGCUCAUAUUUGAGAGAGAGCCCACUUGUCAUCGUGAUGAAAAGUCCAGGCUUUAGGACUUUUUAAACCAAACUACACUCAGCUGUGAAUCCAUUAGCUACUAAGCUUGGUGUGUGCCUGAGACCUCAGAAGGUACCAACAUGCUAUACUGACAUUCAUCCUUGUUGCUCUUGCUUUCAGGUGAUACUCAGGAGUCAUGUGCUGCUGGUAGUCCUCUCAUAUGAAUGAUCCAUAAAAAAAAAUUAGGUCCUUAACAUGCAUAUUGGUUUGGUAGUCGCACAGCACGCUUGUUUUUGAGAGUUAGAUUUUUAACUGGUGUUUUACAGAAACAAAUUGGGAGAAUUGCGUUCUCAUUACAUGUACUUAAAUUACCUGCUCACCAUAACUAUUGAAACUAGGUGUAUUAAACAGCAAGUGAUCAAGUCCAGCUUUUCAUUAGGUUCUUUCUUGGUGUGAUAGUGGUAAGAAUACAAGUGUGCCUGUAACCUCAAAUAAGAAGAAUAAAAAUUAAUUGCCCGUGCUGGUGUCUUAAUGGCAUUUGGCUCAGUCGAAGAUAAGUAUGUUUGAAAGCUAAGUACAGUUGUUACAGUGAAGGUCUCAACCCUGAGUGAAGAUCAAAGGGAGGUAGUAAUGUAUCACUGGGUGCAUCUACACAAGACAUUUACUGCAGAGUAGACUAAUUAUCUUGGUAGUAAA